AUGCCAUCAUUUUUCGUGAAAACCACUGGUAAGAAAAAAGUGCAAGGAGGACGAAAACGCAAGCAGAUUGGUGGAAAAUCCGACGGAAAAAGCGAUGAAUUAGCGGCGAAGAUGACGAGAAGACAGAAAUUGAUGGCUGCGACCGAGAUUCAUUCCGACGAGGAGGAUCCCUUUGCUAGAAGUGCCUCCGGAUCAGAAGCUGGAAGUGAUGUGGAAUAUGAAGAUGUACACGAAAGAAACUAUCGAGAAGCGAAGAAUCUUCUGGAGAAAAUUCAGAGUUCGGUAGCCACAGAAGAGGAGGUUUCUGAAAAACUGAGGGAUGAUGCGUUGGCGAAGACGGGAACACUGAUGAAACGAGUCGCUGACGUCGUUGAGUUGGAGGAUGAUUUAGAGAUUAGUUAUAAGGCACAUAGAUUAACACCACUUUGCGUCGCUUUCUCUCCAGAUGCCAACUAUGUGAUAAGUAGUGGAAAAGAGUCGAGUAUUGUUAAGUACAAUGUGAAAACUCGAAAAGUGGUCGGAGUCAUCAAAAGAACCAAAAAGAGAGCUGGAGCACCGGAAGAGCCAACUCAUGCUCAUUAUGGAGUCAUCUACGCAGUCGCUGUGUCCCCGGAUCAAAAAUUCAUCGCUUCUGGAGGCUAUGACCAGAUUGUCAAGAUUUGGAACUUUGACUCAUUGGAUCACAUCAAGGAUCUCUCCGGUCAUCGCGGACCGAUUUUUUCAUUGGCAUUCCAACUGAGAACCAACAACUUGUUCUCGUCCAGUCAGGAUCGUUCAGUAAAAAUGUGGGAUAUCGAUCAGUUGGGUCUGGUGGACACUAUGUACGGACAUCAGGACGGUGUUCAACAGAUUGGAGUGUUGUCGAAGCAGAGAGUGGCGACUGUCGGUGGACGUGAUCGUACCGCUCGUUUGUGGAAGGUUGAGGAUGAGAGUCAAUUGAUGUUUACUGGACUCUCCAACUGUGUCAGUUUGGAUUGUGUUGCUAUGAUCAAUGAGGAGCACUUUGCCACUGGAUCUGCUGAUGGAAGUAUCGCACUGUGGUCAUUCUGGAAGAAGCGUCCGAUUCACGUUAGAAAGCAAGCACACGGACAAGAGACGAGUGGAAAUGGACGAUGGAUUGUCGCGUUGGCAGUGUUGCCGUAUUCUGACCUACUCGCAUCUGGAUCCAACGAAGGAGAGUUGAAAUUAUGGAAAAUCGCUGAGAACUUCCGCACGUUGACACCAUUCUUCUCGUAUACUAUACCCGGAUUUAUCAAUUCUAUCAAUUUCGCUCCAAACGGAAAGUCAAUUGUUGUUGGAGCAGGAAAAGAGCAUAAAGAUGGAAGGUGGUGGGUUGAUCGUGAGGCUCGUAAUCAAGUGGUAAUCCUUCCAAUUCGAUACACUGAUGAAAGUGAUGAUGUCGUGACUAAUGGGGAAAUGGCGUCUGGAACAAAUAGUAUGUCGGAUGGAGUGAAGGGAAUCGAAUCUGGAGAUUCGGAUGAUGACGAAGUCGUGUCGGAAACCGACUACGAGGGAGAAGAUGAGGGGAAGGAAGAAUAG